ACUCUCCUCUCAACUGGAACUUCUUAUUAGUAUCUGACAUCACUUCCUGUCUACCUGACAUCACUUCCUGUCUGGGUAGACGUGAGAUCAGCACCUUGUGAAGGAGAGAUCCCAUCUAUAGCUUCUGUUGUUGGUGGAGAUUUUUACGAACAUAUUUGGAUUUGUUUUCAUUCAGGAUGCCAAACUGUUUCGUGCCAGGUUGCAGUUUUUCAUGGCGAACACACCAUCCAGACACAACAUUGCACGUCUUCCCAAAGAAGGAACACCGGAUAAAAUCAUGGCUCGAUCAGCUUGGCUUCAAAGAAAAAGAAAAAAACUUCCUUGUUCCAGAAAUCUUGUCUUGCAAAAAAGGCAAAUACCGUGUUUGCUCCUUGCAUUUUGAUGAUCAAGACUUUGUAACCAGAGGUACUCUACGUGGUCUGAAGAGUAGUGCAGUUCCAAAUCAGCGUCUGCCCCCGUCAAGGGAACUUAUAAUUGAUGAAUUGUCAGAACAUUCAUAUUCAAAAAGACCAAAGCUGGACACCUAUGAGGAACACGGUACAGAAUCCACUGAUGAACCUGAAGUUGCUUCUAGUUCCCCAAGCGGAGAGGUCAAUCAAUUAGAAGAAUUAGAGGAACCCACCACCCCAACCUCUGAAUCACCUCCUGCUGAAAAUAUUAUUCUGGAAGACAUGGAAUUUGAAAAUGUUUCACAAGAGUCUAUUUUACAAACAACGGAAAAAGAAGAAGUAGAAGUAAAUAUCGAGUCCGCUAAGAAAAAAAGUUUAAAAAGAAAAAAAAAAGGACCUCCCCAAGAAAUGUCUACCAAAGGAACAAACACAGAGUAUUUUCCUGGACAAAAACACAAAAGUACACAAACACAAAAAAACAUUGGUGUGAAACAAAAAUGUAUACAAGUCUCAUUCCGGAAUCCUCAAUGUUCAAUUGCCAUACAAUGCGAAAUGGUAAUUCUGCCUCCUCUUUCAUUAUGCUCAGCUUCUGAAGAUACAGAAGAUGGGCAACAGCGACCUCUCAGACUUGAAGAAUCUUUGCUACAGCCUUCUUUUUGUGAGGGAUUCAGUAAGCAAAACCCACAAAUUUCCACUGACCCGAGUUCACUGAAACCUUUAAACACACGUUUUGGGGGUUACUUGCUUCUAUUGCCCACUUGUACUACUACAAAAAGCCCUCCAACCCCUGAGGCUCCUUCCUCGACUAUUGAACAAACCACAAUGCUACAACAACCUGCAAAGAAACAACGACCUGCAAAGACAAAACGACCUGCAAAGCCACAACGACCUGCAGCGCCGCAACAACCCGCAACGCCACAACAACCCACAGUGCCGCAACAAACCAUUAUGGAUGAAGGUCAGUGUCCAACAGUAAAGGAGGAAGAAGAGUAUCCAAAAGAAACCGAGGACGAAAAUUUAAUAGAUCCAUCUGAUCCAGAUUCCUCAUUUAUACGCAUGCCAUUUGAACUGGGAUCAAAGAAAAUGGCGACGGAGCGCAAGUUUAUUGUUUUCGAGUCCUGUUUGAAUAAGUUAUUCUUAAAUUGUCGAUGCCAAGGAAAAAGCGAUUGUCCUGGAUAUAUUGCCUAUCUUAAAAAAUAUUGCGUUGGGUCCGCUCUUGUUGUGACUGGAUUCUGUUCGGAGAACCACAAAUUUCAUCUGUGGUCCAGUCAACCUUUUAUUGGAAAAAUGCCAGCUGGGAAUUUACUUAUAUCCUCCGCCCUGCUAUGUAGUGGCUGCAACUUUCAUAAAAUUUCAAAUUUUUUCAAUGUGCUGUCCUUGGCGGGAAUAUCCCAUCAAACUCAUUGCAAUAAUAAAAAAAAAUGUAUUUACCCGACUAUACAUUACCACUGGCUCAAGGAACGAUCCAAUGUCUUGGCAGAGAUUAGAGGGAAAUGUGUUGCUUUGGCUGGAGAUGGUCAGUAUGACUCACCUGGUUCUUCUGCCAAGUAUUGCACAUACACAUUCCUGGAUGCGGAGACCGAAAAAAUAUUAGAUUUUCAAGUAGAACAAAUCAAAACUGGUAUCCCGUUGGUCUCACUUGAAAAAAAAGCGUUUCAGCUACCGGUGGACCGUUUAAUUCGUGAACACGUAAAAAUUAAAAUUAUCGCUACCGACCGUCACAUUGGAAUAUGUAAAAUUAUGAAAGAACGAUACAAAAACAUAUGCCAUGAAUUUGACAUCUGGCGUUUAGCAAAAUCGAUAGGCCACAAAAUACACCGGUCAAGUUUACACAGCAAUGCUAAGGAAUUGGCAUCUUGGGUUUCCCCAACCAAAAACCAUUUGUGGUGGAGCGCCAGUACGUGUCAUCGAAAUGUGGAUCUUUUGAAGGAGAAAUGGAUGUCAAUAAUAUACCACGCAGCGAACAUCCACGAAUGGUCAGAGGGAACACUUUAUAAAGCUUGCAGUCAUCCACCCGUGUUAGACCAAGACAAUGAGGAACACGCCUGGCUCCUUGGUGGAUCUGCAGCCCACCAGCAACUUAAAAAAAUUAUUAUGGAUGUAAAGUUGUUGAAGGACUUGAAUCAUUUGUCAAACGUCUGCCAUACAGAAAAUCUUGAUGUCUAUCACAGUAUAGCCCUCAAGUACAGAUCCAAAAGGCACCACUUUGAAAUAGAUAGCGUGGUUGCCCGAACAGAGCUAGCGGCCUUGAAUUAUAACAGAAUUGUAGGUCGCAAGCACACUAAUGUUCAACAACUAAGGUUGACCAAUGGCCAGUUAGGAAAAGAAAGAUUUCCUUUUUCAUACAGCAAGGCCAAAAAGGACUGGAUAGACUCUAAAGUAUAUGAAGAAACAACGCAAGAAUUAAUGAUUCAGAUUUUGUCAGAUGUCGUAUCUUUUGUCUCAGGUGAAAUAGAACUUAAUUGGACACCCAGACAUUCGGGAGAACCUAAGAAUAUCACACCUUUACCAUGUCCAGAGAAAUCAGAUAUGUUACAGAAAUAUCUCUCCUGUUUCCACAAGCAACCAACUUAGCAUUUAAGUAUUGUCCUUUCACAAUAGUCCCUUAAUGACCAGGCCAUUUUUUGCAAUACGGCACUGCGUCACUUUAACCACUUAAGGACCGCCGCACGGCUAUAUACGUCCGUAUUUUGAAGAGGGAUGUCUUGGUAAUGGCAGCAGCUGCUGCCGCAACCGAGGUAUUCAUCUCUUCAGAUGGCGAUCCUGUAAACGAUAAUGGUGGUCUCUGCGGCGGAUUCGCUGCGAGAUCA